AUGGCUGUGUGGUGGGCCCUGCUCCUGCUGCUGUGGCCCUACCCCGCGAUACAGCCCUGUCCCACCCUCUGCACCUGCACCUCUGCACAGGCCAAAGACGAGCCCAGCUAUGUGGUGAAUAAAAAGAAGAGCCUGAGGGGGUGGUUGAUUGAGGAGAAAGGGUGCUGUGUGGAAGGAGAUUGGUUGACGGGGGUGAUUAGUGGGGUGUGGGGGGGGGGGGGCAUGCCUCGGUUCUCCCACUCUCGCAGCCCAGUGGGACGUUGUUGUAGCGUUUGGGGGGUAAUUGAGAGGACAUAA